AUGGGCGACCUUGGGCCACCGGCCUCGUCGCUGGAGGCCGUCUCAGUCCCGGCAGACCCUAUUCCUAACCCCCAGGACGACGACAUCCACGUCCUGGUCACUGGCUUCGGACCCUUCAAAACACAUCCCUUGAACCCAUCAUUCCUAAUAACUUCUCUGCUCCCUCAAUACGUCCCAUCCACGUCCAAAAGCCAGCGCCGUAUCCGCAUCCACGCCCAUCCGCUCCCAAUCCGCGUAGCUUACGCCAGCGUUCGGUCUGAGGUGCCAUUGCUCAUUGAGGCCUUCAGGGCGGCCCACGAUGGCCGUCCGCCUCAUCUGGUAAUCCAUAUCGGCAUGGCGUCGACAAGACAGUAUUACGCCGUAGAGACUAAAGCACAUCGAGAAGGAUACGAUGUCACAGACGUCGAUGGCCGGUUUGGUCUGGCCUUUGACUCUACUUUACCUGCAAGUCUACAGCCCGGCAAGCCAUCGUCGACGUCAAUAACACCGCCAGAGUCGUCGAUAAGGGUCAAUCCGUCACCUCCAAAUACUGAAUUUCUGCAGACAUGGCGCAAGAGCCUGCCUUCAGGUCGCUCGUUUGACGUGCGCCUCUCGCAUGACGCAGGACGCUAUCUAUGCGAGUAUAUAUUCUAUACGAGUCUGUCGAUGGCGUGGGAGGAGCAGAGACCCCGGGGAGUCGCGUUUCUGCAUGUUCCCGGCUGGACGGACAAGGCAAGUGUGGAGAUGGGGGCCGAUGUGCUGGUGGGUCUUGUUAAAGCGAUGGUGGAGUGCUGGAUAGCUGAUAGUGACGCUAUAUAA